AGCGUGUUUAGACACGCCCCUCGCACCCUGUAGCGUUUUCCGUUGUCGUUGUACCACAUCAGUUUCCACAGUUUUGAUUAUUUGUUGUGUUUUUCGACAGCGACAUCCCUCAUCUUCAUAAUGUCUGUUUAACUGAACCGUUGAAGACAUUCGCGAGGGAGUUCCCGCGUUUCCUCCAAACAGGAAGUUGGACUGAUUUCCUCCUCUGUUUAUGUUUUGAGCAUUUGUGGACGCGAAUUUCUCCAUCCGCGAUGUUACACAGGACACAAACCCACGGGCUCGUGAUAUUAAUGAGUUUAAUCUGCGGUUAUUUCUGCUCGGGAUGGUUUCAAAACAACGCGAAGAGCAAAAGCACACAGAAGGAACCGGUUUAUGGACACACCGAGGACGAGCUGGACCAGAGCUGCUUAUGUCAUCUGACAGGCGUUUUGGACGACUGCUUCUGUGACAUCGAGAGCAUCGACGUCUUCAACAACUUCAAAAUUUACCCACACAUUCGCAAACUCACGGAAAGAGACUUUUUCCGAUACUACAAGGUGAACCUGAAGCGGCCGUGUCCGUUCUGGCCUGAUGAUAGCCAUUGCUCCAUUAAAGACUGCCACGUAGAGCCGUGCCCAGAGAGUAAAGUUCCUGUAGGAAUCAAAUCUGGCAACUACAACAAGUAUUCUCACGCGGCGAACACUGUGAGUGAGAUGCGGGAGUGUGAACAGGCUCAUGAACUGGGCGCCAUUAACAGCACCCUGAGUAAUCAGAGUAAAGAAGCGUUUGCAGACUGGGCUCAUCAUGAUGACGCUCAGGACCAUUUCUGCGGGCUGGACGAUGAAAUGUCUCCUGAAUCAGAGUAUGUGGAUCUGCUCCUGAACCCGGAGCGAUACACCGGAUAUAAAGGCCCGUCUGCCUGGAGAGUCUGGAACAGCAUUUAUGAGGAAAACUGCUUCAAGCCCAGAUCAGUGUAUCGUCCUCUCAACCCUCUGGCUCCUGUUCGUGGUGAUGAUGACGGUGAAGGAUUCUACAACUGGCUGGAGGGUUUGUGUCUGGAGAAGCGUGUCUUCUAUCGGCUGAUCUCAGGCCUUCACAGCAGCAUCAACAUCCACCUGUGUGCUAAAUACCUGCUGGACGAGGGUUGGGGGAAGCCGGUUUGGGGUCCAAACGUGCACGAGUUCAGACAACGUUUCGACCCGGCGGAGACGAAAGGCGAAGGCACGCGACGACUGAAGAACCUGUAUUUCCUGUACCUGAUCGAGCUGCGGGCGCUGUCUAAAGUGGCUCCGUACUUCGAACGCUCCUUCAUUAACUUGUACACCGGAAACACAGAGGAGGACACCAGCACUAAACAACUGCUGCUGGAGAUCCUCAACGAGACCAAAGCAUUCCCCAUGCAUUUCGAUGAGAGCUCCAUGUUUGCCGGUCAUAAAAUCGAGUCGAAGACAUUAAAGGAGGAGUUCAGGCUUCACUUUAAAAACAUCUCUCGCAUCAUGGACUGCGUCGGCUGCAGCAAAUGUCGACUUUGGGGAAAAUUACAGACUCAGGGUUUGGGAACGGCCCUCAGGAUCCUCUUCUCUGAGAAAGAAAUCAAGAAGCUUCCAGAAAACAGUCCGUCUAAAGGCUUCCAGCUCACCAGACAGGAGAUCGUGGCUCUGCUCAAUGGUUUCUCCAGGCUCUCCACCAGUAUAAAAGAGCUGCACAACUUCCGGACUCUUCUGAAGGAUCACAGGUAACACAUCUCCAGGCCACCAGGUGGCUUCAGCCCAGAGGACUCUGCAAUAGUCUUAUCAGCCCAGAAUAAGGCCUGUCUGUCUCAGGGACUGCAGGAUCCAGCAGAACCCUUCCCUGCUUCCUCUAGAUCACACAAACACACACACUCGACAAACACAUCGACGCUUUCAGACGCGUUCCUUCUCUGCCUGUUCAGAGCUCUCAGCUCCUCGUUUUUUGCGCUUCAUUUUGCUUUUUGUUUCGUGCGUCUUUUCAGUGUUUGUGUCUGUUACUGCUGACAAACAUAGUUUUAUUAUUAUUUUUUUUUAUUAUCAAAUGUUUUGAUAAUAGUUUGAGUGAAGUAAUCGAUAAUAUAUCCAGAUCUUAUUUUAGUUUCAAAACACAAGCAACUAUAUUGUGUAUAAAGCAAACAAAACUCUUUUCUUCAUUACUGUUAGGAGUAUUUUGGAGGAAUAUUUUUAUAAAACCAAAAGAAAAAAAAAAAAUAUAUAUAUAUAUAU